AUGUCCAUGUCCCAGAUUUCGUGGAUCCAUCAUGUGUCACAGUUCGCCCAAUCUGGGGUACCACAAGCCGUUGUACUUUUCCUGUCAUUCAUGCAACUCAUCUACCAUUUAGACCGAAUUCGCCGACAAGGAUCUAGUUGCCGAUCUAAAGCUGCCAAAAUUCGGUGGCCCUAUGAGCUUGCCUCACAAAUGGCAAGGCUUACUGCUGUUGUAUAUAUUACAAUUGCCUAUAUCCAAGAUCGACUACAUUGGAUAAACAUCGUGUCUGUUGUAUAUGCCUUCAUUCUUGGCCUCACUCGUCUCUUCAGCCAUCUUGAGUGGCGCCAUGUAGCACUGCAUCAAAUCAACUUUGUCCUUCCGGCUACUCUGACCAUUCUCAUUGCAGGGCACACUUUGCCCUGUAUCCAGACUGGCACAAGAUGCCUUCACGACGCCGGUACUUCCAGUGGGAUCAUCGCUCUUGCAGCAGGAGCUGCCAUUGCAGCCAUUACCCCCAGGGAAUGGACACCAAUGCAAGUUGAUCUCAGUAUCCCCGGUUACGACCAGAAUAAGCCAGCUCCCGAGGAAACUUGCAGUUGGUUCACUUACUACUGUACCUAUGACUGGCUGACCCCAAUCAUCUGGAAGGGUAUGAAGCGGAAGCUUGAUAUGGCUGAUAUUCCAAAGUUAGCCUGGUAUGACGAACCUAUAUACCUCUUACGACGUGUACAAGAAGCUCGUUCAAUCUCAAAAAAGACACUCCGUACUGUUCUUAGAUUCCAAAAGCGCGAAUUGCUUCUCAUGUCGUUUUGGGUAGCCACCUCAUACACGGUCGAAAACAUAGCCGCAUUCGCCAUGUUCAAGUUGCUCGAAUAUCUUGCUGAUCCUAGCGGUGCCAUCUAUAAGCCGUGGCUUUGGCUGUUCCUUAUGUUCAUCGGCCCACUAUCCCGCUCCGUUGCCUUCCAGCAGUACAUCUUUACAUCAACUAGACUCGUGGUUCGUAUCAAAUCUGCGUUCACUCAAGAGCUGUACUACACUGCUCUAGACUCAAUGGAGAUGGAAGAGGAUCCUUUUGAACUACAAUCUGGUGGCGCGAAACUCAAGAGCAUGAGCGGCCAGGCCGCUGCCAAGACCACAUCAGCAGGACGUUUGGCUAACCUCAUGGCUUCCGAUAUAGACGCAAUCUAUAGAUCAAGAGACAUCAUCCAGGCCACCAUUGGUACUCCCGUCGGUACCAUAAUAUCGCUCAUCGGAAUGUACAGAAUGAUGGGCUGGGCAUCUCUGGUAGGAAAUGCGAUUCUAUUUUUGGCCACACCUCUUUCGAUAUGGCUUGGGCGCUUAAUGUUCUACUCACAGCGCCGAGUCAGGAAAGCCCAGGAUUCUCGCAUGUCUUUAGUGACAGAGUAUCUUGCGUCCCUUCGCGCCAUCAAGUACUUUGCCUGGGAGGACCCUAUCACUGAAAAGAUCAUCAAUGCGCGCUCCGAAGAACAAAGGGAGCUUUGGAGGACUUCAAUGAUUCAAGCUUCAUUGAACCAAGUCAUGCAGAUUGUUCCUUACUUGUCCUUACUUGUUAUGUUUGGCUUGCACGUGGGGCUCUCCAAGCGUCGCCUUGAUGCCGCAACGGCUUUCACGACCAUAUUUCUUGUCAAGAAUGUUCGAAGAAAUAUCAUGCAGGCUAGUGCCUUUGGCAGGAAUUUCGCGAGUGCGUUGGUGUCAGUGACCCGACUCGACAAGUACUUUGAGAGUACAGUUCCUAUUCCUCAUUACCCCGUUGGCCCCCUCCGCAUUGAUCAUGCCACGUUCCGGAAGACGAAGACAGCCAGUUUCACCCUAAACAGCAUAACGCUUGAUUUUGCCCAAGGCGGUCUUAAUGUCGUUAGCGGCCCGAGUGGCAGCGGCAAAACAACUCUGCUGCUGUCUAUCCUUGGUGAGACCUACUUAGAGAGUGGAAAUGUGACCAGACCAGACGAUAUAGCGUACGCUUCUCAAUCUUCAUGGUUGCAGAACGAGACCAUACAGGCCAAUAUUAUAUUUGGCAGUCUAAUGGAAAAGCCACGCUACGAUCGCGUCAUCGAAGCAUGUUGCCUAUGGGAGGAUUUCAAGGAUCUACCAGCCAAGGAUAUGACCAUCGUGGGAGAGAACGGAACUUCUCUUUCAGGUGGGCAAAAAGCACGAGUUGCUCUUGCAAGAGCAUUGUACUGUAAAGCACCACUUCUGUUACUCGAUGAUAUAUUUGCUGCUCUGGACGCAAAAACAGCUGCUGGCGUUUGGAGACACUGCUUUUGCUCCGACCUUCUGAAUGGGAGGACAACUGUACUUGUGACAAAUCUUCCCUGGAUUUCAGAACAAGCCGAUCUCUCUGUUGUGUUGGAAAAGGGUCAAAUCGAGUCGGCUGAGCCCCAAAUUGGUAUUGUUCGCAAACCAAUUGCUAUCGCUCAGGUCCUUGGAGGAGAUGCUGAGGAGGACGCACUUCACGACACAGUUCAGGAAAUACAGCCAAAUGGCGAUACCUUGAACGACGCUAACCGAGCACCUGAAGAAAAGCACCUGAAGGAUGUGGUCAAUCAGGAAAUGAAAGCUUCUGGAAAGGUCGGCCGUAUGACUUGUCAGUACUACUCCCUUCCCAGUCGUGAAGGGAUGCUAACUUGGUCACCAGUCUUGCAAUACAUGAGCUACUUUGGGCAUCCGGUCUUUGUUGCUGUCUGCCUGGGACUUUUACUUGCCACCAACAUCUUUACCUUUAGCAGUCUUUUGUGGCUCUCUGUCUGGGUAGAAGCGUACAAUCACCAGGCUCACAUUGAUAUUCCUUAUUAUAUGGGGAUCUUUGCAGGCCUUACGUUCCUUGAAAUUGGUAGCUACUGCUUGGCUAUCAUAAUGUUCGAAUGGGGAGCUUGGAACGCUGCAAAGAGAUUACACAACGAUUUCAUACAUGCCAUCAUGCACGUCUCCCUUUCAUGGUUCAAGCAUAUCCCCAUUGGCCGCAUCACAAACCGCUUCUCCAGUGAUAUGGCGUCACUCGACGGUACCAUCAGCACCAUGCUACGGAUCAUGCUUGAUACGGUCCUUCUCAUGCUCUUUCGCAUUGGAGCUGUCAGCAGCAUAAUGCCGGUUUUCAUGAUACCAGCACUGUUUACGUGCUUGUUUGGUGUUCUUAUAGGAGAAGCAUACACUAGAACUGCCGUUGUAAUCAAACGGCUAACGUCUUCUGCUCAGUCGCCUGUCUUCUCCCAGUUUGCAGAUACAUUGGCUGGUCUUCCUGUUAUUCGGGCCAGGAGUGGUAUGUCGUCAAGAUUUCGAGAAGAGUUGGCGGCCAGGCUGCGUACAUGGUCAGCUUCGGCCGAAGCCAGCUUCAACGCUAACCGUUGGGUUGCUGUACGCGUGGAUCUUGUGACAGCCCUCGUCGGUCUGUCGGCAGGUAUAAUUGCCGUAUCACAGACAGGUGUCGUGGCUGCAGGGCUGGUCGGAUUCUCCCUCACCAAUGCCAACGGACUCAGCCAGACGAUUCUGUUACUUGUUCGAGCGAUGAAUGAUUUGGAAGUUGAAAUGCAGAGCUUUCACCGAGUCAGGGAGUACGUCAAGUUGGAACCUGAGGAAAAGGAAGACAAGGCGUAUCCCGAGGAAGGUGAAUACACAGAUGAACCCUGCCACGUAAUUCCCCAGAACUGGCCUCGAUCUGGCGAGAUCGAGUUUCGAAACGUGACAAUCCGGUACGAUCCUGACGGAUCCGACAUUCUCACCGGUAUAAACCUCAAGUUCAAAGCGGGUGAGCGGGUGGCUGUCAUAGGAAGGACAGGUUCAGGGAAAAGCACUGUCAGUAUAUCUACACUCUUUUUACAGCACUUUUCGGGUAAUACUAACGACUGCGAUUUCCAGCUGGUGCUUUCCCUCCUUCGCUUCACACACGUUGUCUCUGGUGAAAUCUUAUACGAUGGAAUUGACAUUACCAAGAUUCCUCGGCACCGCCUCCGAGAAAGCCUUACAAUCAUACCACAAGAGGCUGUCCUAUUCAACGGGACAGUGGAGUCCAACCUUGAUCCUAGCGGUCGAGUUCCCAGAGACAUUCUCGACAAGGCCUUGGACAACUGCAAAGGCAUUGCAUCCUUCUCUCCUCAUACUUCUGAUGACAGCGAUAACGAUACACAAUUUCGCGAUGACGAGAACAAUAGCAUAAAUCUUUCGACAUGUGUCGACGCCCGCGGUGAGAACUUUUCUCAUGGUCAGCGGCAGGUUCUUUCACUCUGCCGUGCGCUGAUUCGCCAGAGCAAGCUGAUGCUCCUUGACGAAGCCACGGCCAGCAUGGAUUAUGAGACAGACCGAGGUAUUCAAAACGUCCUGCGGCGGGAACUUGAAGCGGUCGGUGGAGGGCGGACUUUGGUAACAAUCGCGCAUCGUUUACGUACAAUCAUUGAUUAUGAUACAGUCGUGGUUAUGAGUGGGGGGCGUGUUCUUGAGUAUGGCUCACCUCGCAAUUUGUUUAACGGUAGAGGCCAGUUCUACGACAUGGUCUACCAUAGCGGCGAAAUGGAGGACCUGCAGGCUUUGCUAGAGAUGGAGAGUUCCCAAUAG